AACCGUGGGAAAGACGAUUUCAAUGUGAAAAGAAUAGAAAAAUCUUCUUCCAAUGACAGUUUCCCGGGGAUCACUGUGUUAAAAUGACAUCGGGUGUGGAGAAUUCUGUCUAUUGUUGUUGUUUAUAGUUUACAUGGUAACCUAAACCAACAACCCAUGAUUCUUUUGAGACUCUGGACAAUGUGUAAGCUUUUGGCCAUAUUGUGUCGGUAAAUUGGUUAAAGGCAGUAACAAGAUCUUAAAUAUAUGUUAAGAGCUUCCAUAUUAGAUCAUAUGUGAGCUGAAGCUUAAAUGCCAUGCUUCAUUAACUCCAUGAAAAGCGCAAAAUCGGGCGCAGCAUCCAACAUUCUACACGGACACCAAGAGAAGACUUUGUCUUGGCAUUAAAUAGGUGUAGAUUAAUGCAGUUGCAGUGAUGUGGAGUUGAACCCAUUUGUGUUUUGGUCUUCUUUUUCUUCUCCUCCUCAACUGUUUGCCCUCCACAUCUACAGUAACAAUGGCGUAUAUUUGGAUAUACACAGCUAUUGCAGGGCACCCUUGGAGCCUAUUAUUUGGGAUUGUUGUGUUGUUCUGGAGGAGGAUCAUCAGCCUGCUUUGGCAGAUUGUUUUGUCAUUUAGAAGGGAUGGUGAGAGUGUGGAGGAGAAGGAAGAGAAGGAUCUGGAUGGUCAUGUUCCUGAUAGGUUUUCUGUUGAGGGCGAGGAUGAGGGUCAACGAGAAGGGCGGUGGAUUGGAAGGCCUGUGCAACUUCAGAGGAUGACUGUGAGGUUUGGGGACUUGAUUACGGAGUAUCAUGAUUGCAAUGAACUUAUCAGUCAUGUUCAUGAAGGGGUUGUUGAUUCAGGAGAGCGAAACGAUGAUCUUGGGUUCUGCAUGCGGGUUGGUUGUUCUGAGGAGUCUUUGGAGAAUGUGUCAGAAACAAUUGCAAAUGCAGGAGCUGUUUUAGAACAAUAUAAAACCCAGCAUAGAAAUGGAAGAUUAGAAGACUUGAUGGAGGAUAGAAGAGAAGAGGAAAAGGAUGAUCUUGGUUUUUCCAUGGGUGUAGGUGCCUCUGUGAUAUCGUUGGAGAAUGUAUCGGAAACAAUUGCAAAUGCAGGAGCUGUGAUUGAACUAUAUAAAGCCCAUCAUAGAGGAGGAGGAUUAGGGGAAGUGGACCAGACAAGAGAAGAGGAUGACCAUGUGGGCCCUGAUGAAGAUACAAGCAUCUCAGGAGGUGAUGAAGAUACAAGCAUAUUAGGGGGUAGGGAUGUAUUGGGUUUGAAUCAUGAAGAUACAAGUGUUUCAGGAGUUGGGAUUGUGCUGGGUUCAAAUCAUGAAGAUACAAGUAUUUCAGGAGCUGGGAUUGUGUUGGGUUCAAAUGAUGAAGAUACAAGCAUGUCAGGAGGUGGGGAUGUGGUGGGUUCAAAUGAAAAUAGGCCUGAAGUUGAAUCUUCCUCAGGAAAUUUUCUUUGCAAUGAUGUUUCUGAGGAUCCAUGUCCUGAAAUGUUUCAGAGCAUAUCACACACAGAAGAGCAAGAGGAAAAUCUUCAGAGCUAUAUACAGGACUCUUUUGAAGAUAGUGGUGAUGGGGAUGCCUCAGUUCAAGACAGAGGUGGAGAUACAUCAGUUCAAGACAGAGGUGGAGAUACAUCAGUUCAAGAUGGAAGCUGCGAGACAAAUGGGGAUGCACUUCAGACUGAACCAGAUACACAAGAUCAAGAAGAAAAAAUGCAGCGUGUUUCAAACGAGGAAGAACAUAAUAUAAGGUUAUCUGACGACGAAGUCACAACUAGUACAGGACAUGGUGAUGCAUUAGUUCAAGAUGCAGAAUUUGAGACUAACAGGGACGCACUACUAGGACUGGAUGGCUGCAGGGAUAUACCUGAAAAACCCAGCCCUGAAACAUCUCAAAAUGGUGAACUAAAUGAAUCUGAGCAUGUAGACGUACAACUGCAUAGAUAUGUCCAGGAGGAAAAAUCUGAUCAUAGAGAUGUCCAGGAGGAAAAAUACGAGGCUACAGGAGACGGGAAUACACCGGAUUUUUAUGAAUAUGAAGAGGACUAUGAUGAUGAAGAUCAUGACUUCUUCAUACAGAAGCUGAAGUCAGAAAUCAAGAGGCUCAAGGGCCCCAAUCUCUCUGUUAUACCAGAAGAAAGUGAAUCUGAUUUAUUUGAUUCCAGUUCUUGGGACAGCGAGAGUGAAGAAUUCAUGGGGGCAAAUCCAAGCGAGGACUAUUCACCAUCAUUUAGAAAAUUAGAACCCGAAGAGCAGGAAUCAAUUGAAGAUUUCUAUGAGAAAUACAAAGACAGGAUGCGACAUUUUGAUAAGCUGAAUUACCAGCAUAUAAACACAUUGGGGCUUCUUCAGAUGGACCAGGAAGCCCGUAAAUUUUCUAAACCCCAAGGGGUUACCAAAAUAUUGAGAAAAAGUCUUUCCAACAAGUUUCAGACCCUGUAUGAAUCAGAGGACAUGAAAACAAGAUUAGAGCAGGGUCUAGAGACUGUUUAUGUUGGUCAAACUUGUUUAUCCUGGGAGGCCCUCCAUUGGCAGUACAAAAUGUUUAAGCGAAUGGUGUUGUCUGGACCAGAGCAUGAUUUCUUUUAUGAUUAUGUAGCAGAUCAGUUUCAGCAAUUUCAUGUAUUAUUGCAGAGGUUUUUGGAGAAUGAAGAGUUUGAGGGCCCCAGGGUUCUCAAUUAUGUUAACAAUAGAUCUGUAUCGAAGAGUCUCCUCUACGUUCCUCCUCUAAAAGGGUCUAUCAAGGAAGAAGAGCCAGGGACAGGAGAAUCCAUGGUGACAGCAACUCAGUUGGUGAGCAUGAUGGAGGGUUGCAUAGUGCUUUUCUCAGAGUUUGUUAAGGCUGACAAAAUGAGAUCGACAAUGCCAAGCCAGUUGCUACUGAAUUUCUUGUGUGCAAAUCAAGUGCUGGAGAAUCCAAAUGAUUCUACUCUUCUGCAUUCUAUCAGAAAACAUCUGCAUUCUAAAGAGCUACAGGUGAAAGAACUUCAAAGGAGAGGCAGAUGCAUAAUUAAGAGACUGGAUCCCACAACAGGGGAAGGGUUGGAAAUUUUGAUGGCUCUUGUGGAUAUUAAAUUAGUAUCUCGGGUACUGAAAAUGUCAAGAAUAACUACAGAUCAACUCCAAUGGUGCCAAAAGAAGCUCAAUAAGCUUAGUGUUACUCAUCGUAAGGUCCUCCACAGAGAGCCCAGUACUGUCCUAUUUCCUAUUUAAUAUGUAUCAUGAUCUGCUGGCCUUCAUUUUUUCUGAAACCGCACAGUGGAAUCAACAUACUAGAGAACAUAUUUUAUCAGAUGGGCAUGUGGGUGAAGCUGAAGAUCAGUAGCAUGCCCAUAUUCCCAUGACAGUAGUGGACAAUUCUUGUCAGAACAUUUUUUGGAACGAGGGGAGAGCAUUGUUGAAGAUCUGUAGAUGAGACAGAUACCAUCUUACAUGAUUCUCUUUUAGUGGUAUCUUUCUAUUUUCAGAUUAAAUUAUUGAGAUGUAUAGACAUUUAUUAGGACUGUACAUAAAUCAAGAUUCUCCAAUGUACUUAAAGUUUUGGUA